AAAUUCCUUAUAAUUUAUAUACAUUGAUUUAAGCUUUGGGUUUGGGAUAUCCAAGUCAUGUCGCCCAGUGAAAUUUCCUUAAAAAAUGCACUGGGGUGAGAUAUAUGCAGUAUACAACGAAAUUUAAGGAGCCUUGGAGUGAUUGUUCAAGAUACAAUGACCCCUGAUAAACACAUAAAUAGAAUUAGAGAAACUGUAUUAACACAGUGAAAAACAUCCCAAAUGAGCACCACUGAGUGCCAGGAUUCGAACACCGGGCCUUCUCACUAGAAGUCCUGGCACUCAGUGGUGUUCAUUUUGGACAUAAAUAGAAUACUUAAAGACAUGUAAUUUGAUGCAAAACAUUAAAUGGCGUUUCAUUAUAUGGAUAAAAAUAUGAUGAAAAAAAAUCAUAACGGCAAUGACACGACCAAGAUUGCUUUGCUUCCCCCCAUAAGAGAAAAAAAGAUAUAAGGAAGCUGAAAAGGAUAGUAUACAAACGACAGCGACCAAAAUGGUACCAGAGUUAUCGAGUCAGCCAUAAUGAGAACAGAUUGGAGGAAAUGGAAUUGACGACGCUUGAGGAGAGAAGACGAAGAGGAGACUUAAUAGCAGAGGUGGGCAAGUGCGGUACUUACUUAGUGCGGUAGUGUGGUAGUGCCACAUCACAAAAAAAAGUACUGCACUACCGCACUACCGCAACAUUUCUGAAAAUACCGCAACACCGCGGAUCGCACUAAAAAAUCCUGCAGUAUUUUUUUUGCGGUAGUUACUUUGAAAACUAUUGAAGACGACAUUUGCAGCGCGGCAUACUCACAUAAAUGUUUUUUUCACCCCGAAGAUUGCUGCAUGUUUAAUUUUUCAACAUUUAUUCCAUACUCUGGCAUGCCAGCUAAUGUGCUGCAGUCAGCGUGCCACGCCCACGCAGUAGCCAUUUAAAUCUCCUCGCUAUUGGCAUUUGAUUUUAUAUCUGACUGAAAAAAAUCUACCAUUCGAAAGCCAAAGGAUAGUGUGUUGCCAUAGACCAUAUAACUCAGUUUCGUAUUUUUUGAAAAUUAUUUUCAUAUUUUCACGGAGGACUCUUCCCUUAAACCUCCUUGGGUGCUACGAUACUAUGAGGGACUUUUAGGAGUGGCUUGACCAAGUUUGCUCUCCAACCACAAUACCAUGAGCCAGCAAUGUCGGGUAUUGGCUGUCUUUCUCCCGAUUUCUUUCUUUUAUGUUUUUCUUUUCUUUUUUUUCCUUUUCUUCCUGUCUUUCUUUUUUUCUUUUUCUUUCUUUCUUUCCUUCUUUCUCUUUUUCUUUCUUUCUGUCUCCUUUUACUACUACUACUACUACUACUACUACAUUUUAAGGGGUUAAAAUAUUCCUCAAUCGAACAUAUCACACUUAUCACAGCCUUAAGGGGCGACUUUUACUUUACAUGAGAUUGACUUGUACACGAGUAUGCAUACGAAUACAUUACUAUCGGAUUGGUGGGUGUUGAGGGGGAGGGGGAAGUAACUGUGACGGAGGGGCGGACUCUGUAGGAGAGAACGAGGAGGCGGUGCGGUGUGACAGAGUGCUGGCAGCCCCUGUGGAGGAAAGACGAGCAGGCAACAGAGCUCGGAGUAUAUUGUGCAAGGCUUUCCCACCCCACCUCCUGUGUCGUGCCAGGCUUUACCACCCUUGCGACCUAACAAGAGCGUCAGUCAGUGUCUCCCUCAGGACCUAGUAACCCUCAUCGAAGGUAUGCAAUAGAUAAAUGUUCCCCAAAGUUCGGGUCGCAAUUUAGUAAUGGGGUAAGAUAAACUACUUACUGCGUUGACUGGACGCACACAGCUCUGAGGGCUCAUAGGGGAUUUAAAUAUUUCGGCGCCCAAACACGUACAUUUGACAAGGCUUUCGUAGGAUUUCUGAUUGUUUCAGUGGGUACUUUUAUGACCCUGGUGGUAGUUUAACCUUUCUUCUGUAUGAAAAACCUAAAAAAACACCCAUUAGAGCCCAUUAGUCUCUUCUUUUGCCUUAAUAAAUAGUUGUGAGAGGAGGAAGCAUAUGAGAAUAUAGCUCUUAGUGCUUUCAAAAGGCUUCAGAAUGCGUUUCAGUACUAUCAAGAGGUUCCAGAAUGGGUCAUGAGGGUGAUCUUGUCAUUAGAAUUGGGCAGCAGUGAAGGGUCUGAGGAACACUGUAAUACAAUUCAGUGUUUCUCAAAUCUUACUACCGCGAAUCAGUUAUGUUUUAAAGAUGCAUUUCCGUCACUAUAGCCAUUCGGAAGCCCUUUGACAGUAACUUUGAAUUGUGUCUUCCCUCCCUCCCCUCCUCCCCGCACACGCACACACACACACACAAGACGGACCACGUAUUUUAGGCAUCGAUGUCAAUCUAGGGAGGAUAACAGAGAACUGAUAAAGGGAGGAGCGAACACCAAUUCUGACGGGAAAAAAGUAGCUUUCGCGUAAUUCAUACAUUCAUAUAUUUCUCUCCAUGGGGUUUUGAGCUAUAAGGGAAACUCGUAAAAACAAAUCAAUACGGAUUUUUAAUUAUAUUCUUCCUGGAAACACUUAAAGUCGCGUAAAAUAAGGGCAUUUAGAGUGCCGUAUUUAUAAAUUGGUUAUCGAGACAAUAUAUAGUUCAACAUACUUAGGACGAUGUUGAACACUUGACGACGGUCGUACUACAAAUUAUACCUAAAACCAUCUGCCAACCAGAUAAUAUUUCUUGGGGAUUCAUAUUCAUAGGGCAAUAUUCUUAAACGUUUCGGCGCCAAGGCACACAUAUCUGGCAAGACUUUCAUAGGAGUUUGGGGCAUUUUCAAAGGGGCAUUUUUUUACUCUGGUGGUAGUUUGACCUUUCUUCUGCUCCACGAACCUAAAAUACCACUCUUUAGAACCCGAGUGAUCUCCUUUUUGGCCUUUAGACAUAGUUGAUGUGAGAGGCAAAGCGUCCGACAUUACCGACCAUAGACUCCACCCUUCUCCGUCACUUAAGUAUGUAUGGUCGCGUGUAUUUUUCUAGUCCAGCGAUGCGCGGCGUGGUGGCGGCGUGCGUGUGUGCGUGCGUGUGGGCGGUGGUGGCGGCCGACAUCUGUGACAGGCGAGACCGGCGGACUGAUCGACGCUGGAAGGGGGACAUCGGAGACCUGGAGACCUUACCUGACGGAGCACGGGACCGCCUGCAGCUCAAGCACCGUGUCCGUCGCUUCAUCAGCUUCCCCACCGGCUCCGUCCUCACCAUCACCCCCAAGCUAACCAUCCCUUGGGUCGACGAGCUGGGUGGUUAUGUCACGGGGGCACAGCUGUACGCCUUCCCUGUGGACCUGGAGCUACCCAACGGGACGCUGAGGCUGAGGACGAACUACAAGGAUGACUACAUGUCCAUGGAUCCGGUCAGUUACGGGAGCUACGACAGCCAAAGCCGAUUGGGCCGCACACUUGACCACCAGAGGGUUACCGGCUUCACCUUCCUGCAGGAGCUCAUGGAAACCGUGGGCGUGGCGGGGCGGGCGUGUGUGCUGCGGGCGGUGUGCGAGGUGGCGGAGCGGCCCGUGGAGCACCUGGGCCUCACGGGGGAGCUCAUUAAUUUGUUCUUCAGUGCGGGCUACGGUGGACGGUCGCCUGAGGUGGAGGAGUACGUGGCGGCAGAGGAGUCGGGCCGUCGAGGAGGGAACUGUGAAGACCUCUACCCUGCCUGCCCCUACCGCCUGGCUGGUAUGGCGCAGUCUGCCCUCGCCUACUUCCACCAAGGCCUCGCGACCGCCGGUGACGCCGCUGACAGCACGCUUUUCUUUUAACCACCAAAAUGCAACGCCCCUGUCAACACACACUUUUUUUCUAACACCAACAUGGAACGACCCUGCUAGCAGCCUCCUGUUAACACAAAAAUCCAAUGAUUACCUCAUGUCUCGGGUCGAAGAUCCGUGGGGGCGCCGACGUCACUAACUGUUAAUAAAAAAUAAAAAAAAACAUGAAGCUGGAACACACCUGACGACAAUGGUGGAGAAACAUAAUUUUCCUCUCCUAUUUACUUAAUUAAUCCCUUAGUUACCUUAUAAUCACACUCCAGUGAACGUUGGUCUUACUUAUAAGUUGACCCUCCAUGGUUGUGAUAGGUUAGAUUGAGACAAAUCUAUCCCCGGAGAAAACUCAUCAUGGUGUUAAAAAGUCGUUAAAAAUGACCUUCACACGUGUAUAAUACGAUACUCAUUUCAUUCACAUAUUUAUCUGUUUAUAUCGUUAGUUAGCUAGUUGUAUAUUUAUUUCCUUAUAUCUGAAUUCAUUUUCAUAAUCAUCUCAUUAAUGCUUGGGUAAAGUGAUCUCACGUUAUCCUCCAUGGAGUGAGGCGUUAGAGGAGCUGAAGGAGAGAAUUGUUGUGGCUGAAACUCUACUUCCCAUCUUUCAGUCAUCAUCAUCAUCAGCAGCAGCAGCCAUUAUUAGUCCAGUGCAGGAUAAAGGACUUUCCCAGAGUUCUUCAUGCAUCUCUGUCUCACGUUAUAGUACUCCAUCCUCUACCUUCAUCUCUCCACCUGGUUUCCUCUUUGCCCUGACUUUAUAGUUUCUUGGCUGCCACUCUGUUACCUUGAUCGUCCAUCUGUUGUCAGUUCCACGUUUGAUAUGACCUGGCCAAGUCCAUUUCAUGUUCUUAAGCAUCAUUAUCUUCAAUACGUGCCUGUUCUCAAAUCCAUGAUACUCGUUUCCUGUAUCUCCGUUAUAACCUGAAAUUUUCUCUCCAUUUCUCCGUGCACUGCUUACCUUUCUCUGUAAAUCUUUUCUCUGGAGCCACGUGUCUGAGCCACUCAUUGAGACUGGCACGUUACAUUUCUUGUACACCUUUUCUUCAGAGAGAGAGCCAGGCUGCUGUUCAUGACAUUAAUAAGUUUACCAAAAGCAUUCCAUUUCAUUCAUAUUUUCUUUGAUUAUUUUCCUCGUGGAUCGGGUUUGCACGAAUUGCUUGUUUUAAGUAUUUGGAAGAUUCUACUUUCUUAAGUGCUUUGGUUCCAAUCAAUAUUUUUGUCAUGCAAACUGACCAAUAAACAUAACCUCCGUGUUUUCCAUAUUCAUCUUUAUACCUAUUCCUCGAUCAUUCUUUGUAACUUUUUUUUUCCUCAGUCACUUAGUAAAAGUGUCAUCUGCGAAUCCAAGGUUGUUCAGGCAUUCGUUGUAACUCUUGAUUCCCAUGUUAUCCCUCUCUAAUUUCUAAAUACUUUUUUCUAAGCAAGCAGUGGAUAAUUUUAUUGAUAUUGUGUCAACUUGCUCAUUACCUUUCUUAAUUAUAAUUUUCAAGCUUUUCUUGUGGAGUUUAAUGGUUGCCGUGCUCUCUCUCUCUCUCUCUAGCUUCCGACACCUUAUGUACGAUUUACCUUGAUGACGUGGAAGUGGUCAGUUGUUGAGUACCUACUAGGAAACUUAGCUUGUUCUCUCGCCUGGUUUGAGUAUGGUGUUUAUUGCCUAGUUGCACAUUGUCAAUAAAAUGAUAAUAAAAUAUGUGCAUCAUUUUUUGUCACCUUCUGAAGGCUGAGAAGCGAUGAGAGCAGUGGCGGAUCUAGAAAAUAAUUUCAGGUGGGGGGGCAUUAGGCCCUCGGCUCGCAACCGGAAUUUCUCGGUUGAAUAGAGAUUUUGGGUUCUGUUCCCGGGCAGAGUGAGAGUUAAUUAAAAUGGGCUUUCUCUCUUUACACCUCAGCCCCUGCGCCUCUGUAGCUGAGUGGUUUCUGUGACCGCCUGCCACUCCUCGGGGCACCGGUUCGAGUCCGAUCAGCAGGUGCCUUCGGUACACCCACCCAGCUAUUGCUCCUGUUCAUCCUGCCUUUCGGGUUGGUCGAUAAACCGGUGCCUGGGGAAAUUUGGGGAAGGUAAAUUGUGGGAAUUCUGACGGCAUAGGGCCAAGUGUCCCCGGGCUAGUGGGUACGAGUCCACCACAGGCUCAAAAGGUCAAGGUGGUGGAAAUGGGCACCGAUGCAACGCGCAGCAAUAUCGCAUGCUCCCCACUUUACCUACGAGUAUUACUUAAUUAGGA